AUGGGAACUACAUUCUUGAUUUCAUCUCUCUUGAUUCUGUUAUCAUUGAUUGUCCAAUCUAAGGCCAUUACCUCGUCUCAUGAAUCUCAUCACCAGGCAGUAUUGGAUACAGAUGGCAAUAAGAUCCAAGCAGGACAACCCUACUACAUCGUCUCAGCCAUCCGAGGUGGCGGAGGUGGUGUGUCACUUGAUAGAAGGGAGAGGUCUCGCUCAUCAGUUGUGAGGCAGCAUGGUUCUGAAAUGAACUUUGGCACACCUAUAUCUUUCUCUCCAGCAUUAGCUUCAAUGGAAGGGAGAAUUGCCUCACUCCCCAAAGAGCGAGCUAUUGGGAGGAUGCUUCUUGGAGUGGGAACCCCAUCAUCAUCUGGGGCAAGAACUAUCCUUGAGUCGACAGAUGUGAACAUCAGAUUCUCAGAGAUGCCUGUAGUUUGGCAGGUUCAAGAAUCACAAGGAUCAUCUUCGCCGAGGACAAGAAGGUACGUUACAAUUGGCGGACAACCAGGACACCCUGGUUCCUCAACUGUGAGAAACUGGUUCAAGAUCGAGCGGAUUAACAACUCUAGCCCUGAGUACCGCAUUGCAUAUUGCCCUAGCGUGUGCGAGUCAUGUGAGGUUGUGUGUGGGAAUGUGGGGAUAUCAUCAGAAAGUGGGAAAAGGUGGCUUUCCGUGUCUAAGCACAGAGAGUUCCCAUUUGUGUUUGUCAAGGCCAGGCGCAACUAA